CACAGGUGUCGGAUCUACUUUGGUGCUGACUCUCGAGGGAAGAACAUCAUCUUUCUCCGUGUCAACAUAAGCUCCUUCGGGAAAAAAAAGUUCCACGACUGGCUUGUAUUGUGGAUGUAAGCAAGCCCGCCGGAGAAGUCGGGGGAGGGGAACCACCACCACCACCACCACCGCGAGGGAGUCCGCGGCGCAGCCGCCAACAAGCUCGGCGGGAUGUCGGCGGUGAAGGCUCUCCAGCAGUGGUGCCGGGUCCAGUGUGACGGCUACCGGGAUGUGACGGUCAGUAACAUGACCACGUCUUUCCGGGACGGCCUGGCUUUCUGUGCCAUCAUUCACAAACACAGACCGGAUCUCAUCGAUUUUGAUUCCUUAAAGAAAGAAAACGUCUAUGAAAACAACAACCUGGCCUUCAGGGUCGCCGAGGAGCAGCUCGGAAUUCCUGCGCUCUUGGAUGCAGAAGACAUGGUGGCCCUCAAAGUUCCGGACCGGCUCAGUAUCCUCACAUACGUCUCGCAGUACUACAACUACUUCCACGGACGCUCCCCAAUUGGCGGCGUGGCGGCAGUAAAGCGUCCUGCUGACCCACCUGCCGACGGGCCGUCCGGGAAGAAGAAUGCGCCGGUGGUUUCGAAAGUGUUCCCUUCAUUCAAGCCUGCUAAGGAGAACAAUCCUCCCACUUCAGCUAACAUUACACCACCUCUGCCCCGCCCAAGACAACCCAGAACCACAACGCCGGACAUUCCUGCUGAGAAAUCCCAUCAGAUGGGAACUCUGAGUAACAAGUGCAUGUCCUGCAGCAAGCACGUUCACCUGGUGCAGCGACACCUAGUCGACGGGAAGCUCUACCACAGGAACUGUGCAAAGUUACUGGCUCCUCCAAACGCAAGUUCACUCCUAAAAGAGGUUCCUUCCAGUGACCCUCCUCCAGCACACCUCACCAAAAGCGACACUGUGACACCCACGGCGCCACCCAGACUGGGCCUGUCGAGGCCGGUCCAAAAACCAAGCCCCCUUUCCAGUAUCACCAGCAGAACUUCAUCUCCGCAGAGACCUGCUUCAAAUAUUAUCAUGCCUGCAACGCACACUCAGACUGCUCCGGUCGCUAAACGACCCGUGACUCAAGACACUACCGUCACCACACCCGUCGCCAUCACCACCAAGCCCGUUGCCGCACCUCGGAUCUCCGCCACCGCGGCCAAGACCAUCCAGUCGAAACUUAAGUUCUUCGAGGCAGAAGGCGGCGAAAACAAACCUGUAAGCAAGCCUGCAGACGCUGCCCCAAAAGGGUUCAAGUCUGAAGAUCCUGUUAAGAAAGCCCAAGGAGUUCAAUCUAUGCCUAACAAAGUUGCCAAGGUGGUUAUAAUUCAAUCUAAGGUACACAUUAAUGAAGACAAAGCAGGUGUAACGAAACCUGAAGAUAGCCUGGGUAGUAAAGUUGGAAAUGGAAAUGUUGCGAACAUGGCUACGAGCCAGUCAAAGACGCAUAUUGACGAAGACAAAGCCGGUGCAAAGAAAAGUGGAGACAGUCAGGUUAGCAAAGUUGGAAAUGGAAAUGUUGCUAACAUGGCUACAAGUUACUCGAAUACCCAUAUUGACGAAGACAAAGCCGAUGCAAAGAAAAGUGGAGAGCGUCAGGUUAGCAAAGUUGGAAAUGGAAAUGUUGCUAACAUGACUACAAGUCACUCAAAGAUGCAUAUUUACGAAGACAAAGCAGGUGCAAAGAAAAGUGCAGACAGUCAGGGUAGGAAUGUUGGAAAUGGAAAUGUUGCUAACUUGGGGAAAAGUCCGUUAAAGGGACGUUUUGAUGAAGGCAAAGCAGGUAUAAAGAAACUUGGAGUCAGUGACGGUGGUAAGAUGAAAGCAGCGGACACCUCCAAGAACCUCUCAAAGGAGGAAAACAACAACAGCAAGCCAACAGUACCGCCAAAGGCAGACCUGCCCAAGAAAAAUGAUGUCACAUCUCAAGUCCAGACUGUGAAGAAGGAGCUGGAGGCUGGCAGGGGGAGGGUAAGGCUCAAAGUCAACCCGACCAUCCUCUCCGAUUUGCAGCCGCCACGUUCGGACACGAGCCCACUCAGAAGCAGAACUCCAGAAAGAGGUCUUGGGGGAUUGAAACCAGCGCCAACCAACACUUCAGAGAAGGAGACGCCCACUGACUGGAGGUCCAUGCUCAAACCUGUCCCCAAGGAAUCUAAAUCUGCUGAUACAUCACAGACAUCCACGAAAGUACCGACUAGCACGACUGGAGGCUCACAUUCAUCAGAGGUGUCUCAAAAUCUCGUGAACCCUCCUACAUCUCAAGGAAUCCGAAAUGGUCACCCCAUAAACACGUCACAAACAACUUCGGGAUCAAAUGUCUUGAAGAUGAAGCCGGACUUUAUUCCCAAAGAGGCCAUCAUGAAGGAGCUGCAGGAGAUUGAAGAUAAUCUCAACCAGUUGGAGAAGCGAGGGGUUGAGCUAGAAGCCAAGUUACGGCACAGCGAAGACGAGGGUGAGGAUGACUCCCUGAUGGACGAGCUGAUGGUGGAGUGGUUUACUUUGAUCAGGAACAAGCAGGUGGCCAUUCGGCGGGAGUCUGAGCUCGUCUACGUUGGUAAAACUCAGGAUCUGGAGGAGCAGCAGCCCAGUGUUGAGCAGGAGCUCCGGAAGCUGAUAGAAAAACCAGAGCAUCUGAAAACAUCGUUUGAACGCAGGCGAGAAGAAGAGCUGAUGAGCAAGCUGAUGGAGAUCGUCAACGACCGCAAUGCCAUUGUGGAAGGUCUGGACGAGGACAGGCUCAGAGAGGAAGAGGAGGACCAAGAGCUGAACAAGUUGAUGGAGAAUUUCAGUGUAAAAAAAGACAAACCAAAGAAAAAGUCUCCCAUAUCCAAACUGUUCACUUGGGGCAACAAGAAGGAAACGUGACGCCUGGCAGGAAACUCUGACUGCUUUCCUCUGGUGCUUUCAGCGUCACUCCUCCCUACCACUGACUAAUGGCACAACUUUGCGCACGCGUGUGUUUGUGUGCGUCUUGAUAAGGCAUCUGUCAUGCUAAGCAUUUCUUGAUAGAUUCUGAGCAUGAAGGGUUAACGACAUACAAGUGUUGAUGGGUUCAGUGCUUCAGUUGUACAUUUUAAUCCGCUUCCAGUCUUAAUCUACUUAUUGCACACACACACACACACACACACCAGUAACUCCACUAUGCCUCUUGCUGACAUGCUGUUUGUAAGAACAAACAUCAAUAGAACUAAUACGAGCGAGGAACAACAUUGUUUUUGCUGGUUCUUGCACUUCCAACUUGACUUUGCAUCAUUUUACCACCAAUGUAUUUUU